GAAGCAUCGGUUUUACAUUCGGAGAACAGCAUCUGCUCCACGGGUAAUAACUUGCUCCUUUGCCCCCAUUUAACCAAGCAAGAACAGGAUGAACGGGGCUGCUGCUGCUGCCCCGUCGUCUCUAGAUGCCGUCGAUUAUGAUCCAAUCGAACACCUCAAUGCGAUAUUCUCUCACCCCUCGACCCUCGCAUCCAUAACCCAAACCAGAACCGCUCUCCAGAACCACCAGAAUGACCUCUCGACCUCUAUCUCCGACCUCGUGGCCGCUCAAGCCUACGGCGACGAUUCCAGUCUGGCCCGCAUGCAGUCUGCGAAAUCCGAGCUUGCUCUCCUCUUCCGCAAGAUCGAGUCGGUGCGUACACGUGCGAUCGAGACCGAGCAAACUAUCACCUCCAUGACUGCAGACAUCAAGCGAUUAGAUGGCACGAAGCGCAAUCUCACACUGUCUAUGACAGCACUCAAACGACUGCAAAUGCUCACAACCGCAUACGAGCAACUACGAGGACUGGCAAAGAGCAGACAGUAUAAAGAAUGUGCGAGUCUGUUGCAGGCGGUGUUACAGCUGAUGCGGCAUUUCAAUAGCUACCGGAGCAUAGACCAGAUUGCGACGCUGAGCCGGAAUGUGGCGGAGUUGCAAAGAGAGUUGCUGGAACAGGUGUGCGAGGAUUUUGAGCUGGCCUUUGCGAAGGGGGAGGUCGGUAACAAGAAGUCGGUGCUUAGUGAAGCGUGCUUAGUUAUGGAUGCGCUGGGGGAGAAUGCUAGAGCCAGGUUGGUGACGUGGUAUGUCAAUACGCAGUUGAGGGAAUACCGGCAGGUCUUCAGAGGAAAUGAUGAAGCGGGCAGUUUGGACAAUAUUGGGAGGAGGUAUAGCUGGUUCCGCCGGAUGUUGAAGACGUUUGAGGAUGAACAUGCGGGAAUUUUCCCCGUGAACUGGAGAGUCAAUGAAGUGCUGGCAAAUGCGUUCUGUGAAGGGACAAGGGAUGACUUCAAGGGUAUCCUAGAAAGGAGCAUGAGGAAGCCGGAAGGAGCAAGAGUGGAUGUCAAUUUGCUUCUGAGUUGCUUACAGGAAACCAUGGACUUCGAGCAAAGCCUGGAAAAGCGAUUUGCCAGUGAUCCAAGGGCGAGUAUCGACACCCUUAGCUCGACAGAGGAAAAGCCCCUUACCUUCGACCGAUCCAUUUCAGAGGCUUUCGAGCCGUACCUCAGUCUAUGGGUUGAUUCUCAGGAAAAGCAGUUAGCUGGAAUGAUACCCAAGUAUCGCACAGCUCCUCUCCUCAAUCCAGAUGAGGAGUUCUCUCCUCAAGCGGUGAUACCAUCAUCAAUUGAGCUAUUCCAUUUCUACAAAACUACUCUUGCGCAAUGCGCCAAGCUUUCUACUGGAGAACGCCUUCUUGACCUUGCCAGACUCCUGGCAAAGUAUCUUGAUGAGUAUGCCCAGCAAGUACUUCUCCAUUUCCUCCAAAUGCCGGGAGGCCCGUCUGUCAAGACCGUAAUCCUUGUCCUCAAUACAGCGGAUUACUGGCACAUGAACACCCAGCAACUUGAGGACAACCUGAAGAAAAGAAUAGAUGCGGAGCUAGGUCCCAAAGUGGAUUUAUCUUCACAAUCCGAUGCCUUCAUGGGCGUCGCAAGUGCAGCAGUAUUGUCAUUGGUGCACAAGGUAGAAGUGGAUUGCGAACCGUCAUGGAGAGAAAUGCGGAAUACGAAUUGGAGCAAGAUGGAAAGUGUUGGAGAUCAAAGCUCCUAUGUUGCUGAAUUGUUACGCCAUGUCAAUACCAGGACAGAGGAGAUAUUACCAUUGGUGGGUAAACAGCAGUAUGCUCGUGCUUUCUGCGACAACCUCGUGGAGCAUCUAUCAACUACCUACGUCACAAAUAUCGUUCAAUGCCGACCUGUCUCCGAGGUUGGCGCCGAGCAGAUGCUACUCGACAAAUAUGUCCUGACCAAAGGCCUCACAACCCUUCUCUCACAUUCCCCAUCUGCCUCCGCUUCCACUACCGCCCAGACCGGUUUCGUGAAACGCGUAAACCAGAGCAUGAUGCGCCUUGACCCUCUCCUCAAAACCCUACAAGUCCGUCCCUCACCCCCCGAAGGAUUAGUCCAGGCAUACCUCAUCCAUAUUGGUGACCGUUCCGAGACCAACUUCCGCAAAAUCUUGGAACUGAAAGGAGUGCGAAAGCUAGACCAACCUGCUCUGGUGGAACUAUUCGUUAUUCAUAGGGAUGGGAAGAGUAAUGAACAAUUAGUACAGAUGAGUCCGUUGCUUACACCUCUGAUGAAUUCCGGCGGGAUGGGCAGCGGUGGUCUCGGCAUCAGUGGCGCUGCGCUUGGAGGAGGGGCUUCAGUGCAGCCAAGAUUCGACCCGGCAGGCUUCGGGGAGAAAUUGUUUAGUGCAGCGAGAGAUGGGGUAGAGAGAGCAGGAGGCGGGAUGGGGGAUCGGAUGGGCAGCCCGCUCGGUGAAGAUGCAAAGUCAGCAGUGGAGGGCAAUCUGAAGAGUAUCGGGAAGUUCUUCAGGCGGGAUAUGAGUGGCUUCUCGGGCAUUGGGGGCCGGUUUGGAGGAAGGAGAGAUGUCAGCGGUAGUGGAGACGACACGAUGAGAUGAGCACCAGGAAACUUAACGGAUGGGAAUGGGACAUUGAUGAGAUGAAUUCAAAAUGUCGGCGGGCACACACACAGGGUAAAAUAGAAAGCUGGACAGAUCACAACAGACCCGUGGGUAGAUUCAAGAGACUCUUGUGCCCCCAAGGGCAUUUACAGGAACUCGGGUGAGAAAUAGGGGGCUGCUGGCAUUUAAGCGAAGAAGUGGCUUACGGCCUUGUGAGAUACUGUACCUGAAGAAGAGGGGGAAGAUCUCCACAAAUAGCAGACCCCGAAUCCAAUCAUUUCUCAUGAACCGG